GGAACUUGCUGCGAACUUGAGGGUUUGGGAACGGGGCCAGCCAUGAGCUUCAAUAUCACUGCGCAGUAUUUUCUGGAUGACGUGGAGGUUCCCAAUUCGCUUGUGACUGGGCGCUUGACCAUCCAGAUGAAAUUUAUCCCGUUUCUCAACCAGAAGCGCAUGCUCCAUCCCAGGACCAAUGGAACGAUCAGUCUUUCCAAGCAGAUCGCUGAACCACAGCUGGAGGAUGGAUUGGUGCGGAUCUACCCAUUCAAUGGCUUGGAAUUGCGGAUCACCUGCCAGCCCUCAGAGGAUGCCGCAAAACUGUACCAGCAGGUUGUGGAGAGAUACGAGAAGAACACUCAAGCAGCCAGCCCAGCGCCUACGAUCUCUCCGCAAAAAUCGACAGAGGAAGCUGAGCAGAACAGGAAGAGGAAACGGCAUGUGGACGAUGUCUUCGAGCAUAUGUCCAGCCAAGGGCGAGAGGAACUCACCAAAUUUUCAGCCCCGUCGGCCAAGCGACGUGACAUCGACUCGAUGACCACCAGUGUUCCGGAGCGAAACUCGCUUGGGAGAGAGGCCGGCCGCAUCAUGCGACGAGAGCCACAGCCACCCUCCUCUGUCUUGCAGCGACGGCCUUCGAACCCUCCACAGGACUCCUCCAUCUAUGGUGGCUACCGACCAUCUUUGGCCUUUGGAUUGCAAAACCUUGGCAACACCUGUUACCUGAAUGCCGUGACCCAGGCUGUGAGCUCCUUGCGGGAAUUUGUGGAUGACCUGCGCAGCAUGCCCAAGCAGCUACCGGAGGUGACCAAUGGGGCCCUGUUCCAGCGCACGGUCGAGAUUCUGACAAGGAUGCAGGCGACCAACUCUUUGCCAGUAGCGCUGAGCCCUGCCAAGCUGCGGGAACAGAUUGCCAUUGCUGCGCCCAUGUUUCGAGGGAACGGACAGCAAGACGCGCACGAGUUCUUCUUAGAGUACAUGAAUCAACUCCACGAUGAGUUGCUUAGGGCACAUCAGGCCUUUGAGGCGAAACAUGGUAAAGGAGAGGAGCAUGUGCUGGCGACCCAGAGCCACUUUGACGCCUUGGUGGAGCGGCAGCUGACUUGUGUGCAGUGUGGUCAGGCACGCACCGUCCUCGAACGCUUCCGCGACUUCUCUUUGGAUUUCAGUGGGUCGACGCAUGCGGAGCAACUUCCUACCAUGCUGCGCAGAUAUUUUCAACCGGAGUUAUUGGAGGCCAAGUGCGAGCACUGCAAUGCUGCCGAAGCCAACCUGGACACCAAUCUCAGAGAGGCUCCGCGUGUCCUUGUGCUGCAUCUGAAACGUUUCAUGCCGGACAUGGAGAAGCAAUGCUACGAGAAGCAGCACCAAGCCGUGGACAUCCCUGGCAUGCUAGAUCUGGGAGCCACCCUCAGCGGCAAAGCUGUGAGUGCCUCUCCUCCCCGUCUCCCUGCUCGUCCGCUGGCGCCCUUGGCGCCUGCGCCUGAAUCUCCCGAAACCUCCCCUGUGAAGGAGACCACCUACAGCCAUUUGCGCUAUGGCCUGCGUGCCAUUGUGGCGCAUGAGGGCGCAUCACCCAGGUCGGGGCACUACGUGUGCUAUGCCAAAUCGUCGAGUGGUCCUUGGUUCCUCUACGAUGAUAGCCGCGUCACACGCCUGCCACAGGAGCCCAGAGAUUUGGGACGCAAGGCCUACAUGUUGUUCUACGUGCUGAAUGGAGCUGAAAGCUGAUGGCGAAGAAGGCCUGAAGCACCAAGCAGCACAGAUCAACUUUCGGUUUGGACAAAUCCUUGUAAUAAAUAGUAGAAACUGCGAAUUUUUGACCUCAAAUUCGAGGCUGUACAGUACCUGAUAGGAUACGAAUGUAGCCGUGCAUCAUGGCUGCGUUUGAGGCGUGAUGGGGUGCAGAUAUAGCUUUGGCUUUGGCAAGGCAUCGCCUUUUUUUGGGUCGUCCCCGGGGGUGGGGAAACCUCACGGGCGGCAGAGCGUGUGGGGGAAAUCACAGAGAAAA